GCUCACUGCUCAGUGAUUUGUUAUGAUUCCUCCCUUCUCCCCCCUCCCUACUCUCUCUCUCUCUCUCUCUCUCCAUCCCUCUCCCUCGUUCUAGCUCUGUUGCCAAGGCUACCGUACAGCCUCUUGCUGCAUAUACCUUGACGAGGCUGUCGCCUGUGGAGCUGUCUCUCUCCUCCAGGAAACAAACAAGAAAACCCGUCACACACUCUCACACACUGAUAAAGGGAUAACAGUGGUCUCUUCAGAUUGCGGUGUGUCCAAGGGUUGAGCUGAGAGGGAGGAAGGAUGGUGCUGUAAAGAGAAGCACACCCAGGACUGAUUCUGUCACACAACAUGGCCGACAACUGGUGGUUGCCACGGGAUACAGGAUUUGACCUGAUCAUGUGAUCUGACUUCCUUCCCGUAGACCUUCCAUAAGGGGAUCAUGAACAGACGACUGAGCAGCUCAACCCGUUCCCAGACGGAGGACUCCAUCUUCCUAAGGCUAGACGAAGACCCAAUGUGGCUGGACGACCCACCAAUGACAGACAACAACCUCUCUCAACCAAGAGAUGGCUCCCCAGGCCCUGAUGGCAACUCAGGACGGGGGAACAGCCCCCCAGAGGACCCAGAGAAACUGUGGAGGGACACGUUUUACACCGUUGUCAUAGGGAUGCACUGGUGUGCCGUGCUCUGCACCAUUUCCCAAAUCACGGGUUAUUGGGUCUUCUUCAUGGUGGAUGGUAACGAGAUGUUCCCAGCCUUCUACAAAGCCUUGCAGCUCUUAGACUUCUACCUGGGCCUCCUCCUAUCAUUCAACCCUGUAUUUGGAGUGGACUCUGUGUGCGUGUUGGUGGAGAUGGAGAAGACCAAGAGCUACUGGGUCCUUCGGGCCACUGAAGGCAUCGGCAUGGCUGUCCUUAUCUUCAUGAUCUACCGCAUUGUGUGUAAAUUGGGGUACGGUGAAGCAUGGUGGUCCGCGACGGUGGUGACUGACCAUGGGGACAGACGUCAGUCAGUGAGUCGCCAGCCUUCCUUCACCCUGUCAGAGUGGACAGACGCCCAGGAGGACCUGAUGGACCUAGAAGCUGAACCCCAGACACCUGUCUUUGACCUGGGUCUGGACACCAGGACAGAGGGGGACAUAACCACCCUCUCUGUUACACCUGUGGGCCUGCAGGAGAGGAGGGGCUCCAACGUGUCCCUGACCCUGGACAUGUGUUCUCCUGGCUGUACGGAGCCCUAUGGCUAUGGAGCCCAGCUCUCCCCCAGAGACCAGACUGCCAAGGAGUACCUGAGAGAGGGAACAAACACACUCAAUCCUGCCCAGCUCCACACUCGCGCUAUGGACGACCAAGCCCUACAGGCAGAGUUCUAUGAAACUCCCAUGAACUUUGUGGACCCAAAGGAGUACAACUAUCCAGGCCUGGUGAGGAAGAACCGCUAUAAGACCAUCCUACCCAAUACACACAGUAGAGUGAUCCUACAGACAGCAGAUAAAGAUGAAUUCCUCAGUACCUACAUCAACGCUAACUACCUACAGGGAUACGGGGGUGAGGAGCGGGCGUACAUCGCGACCCAGGGUCCUACAGUCAACACGGUGGGAGACUUCUGGAGGAUGGCGUGGCAGGAACGCUGUCCUAUCAUCGUCAUGAUCACUAACCUAGAGGAGAAGAACGAGAAAUGUGUGGAGUACUGGCCUGAGGACUCUGUGAUCCAUGAGGGCAUCCUGAUCACAGUUGUCACGGUAACCCAGGAGGACGAUUACAGCCUGAGGGUCUUCACUCUGAAGUGUGAUGGAGAGGAGCGCAGCCUCAGGCAGUACUGGUACACCUCCUGGCCUGACCAGAAGACACCGGACAAAGCCCCGCCCCUCCUGGAGCUGGUACAGGAAGUGGAGCAGGCCAGAGUGGAAGCUCCGCCCACCAGCGGCCCUGUCAUCGUUCACUGCAGUGCUGGGAUUGGUCGAACAGGCUGUUUCAUUGCCACCUCCAUCCUGUGUAAACAGCUGAGGAGUGAGGGCGUGGUCGACAUACUGAGGACUACCUGCCAGCUCCGCCUCGACAGAGGCGGGAUGAUCCAGACGGGUGAGCAGUACCAGUUUGUGCACCAUGUCCUCAGCCUGUACGAGAAGCAGCUGUCCCACACUGCAGAGGAGUAGAGCGCCACACCACUACUGUACCUCCAUCUUAAUGUCACCCUUUAACGCACAGACAACCACAACACACUGUCAGCCUCAUCCAGCCCCCUUCCAUUUCAGAGGCCCACAUACAAAAGCCCAAUCUUGACUUGAGAACCUUGCUUAUAAGGCAAGAUGGAAUCUGCUGAGGUUGAAUUUCCAUUAUGCUGCCAGAAAUUAUUUUAAAUGAAACUACUGCAAUGUAUUAAAACAAUUUUACUGAGUUGCUUUGCAGACGAUGCUCUAAAAGUAGUGAUGAUGAAACUUUCUGUCACUUCUAACUCAAACAUUUGUUUUCACACUUGCCAGAGGUCUAUCCAGGAUAUCGUAUCCGGUAUGCCCUAUCAAGUGCCAGUUAAUUUGGGAUUAUUCAGAUUUCUCCAGAUCAGAAAAAGUUCAGCCUAUAUUAAAACAGUGAUGUUAAACAAUCUCACAGUGAGGGGUCACGUGUUCGUCUGAAACGUAAACAUGCCAAACUAUCCCCUAUGAGCAAUAUACGUUAAAAAGACGUUGAAAAGACGUUGAAAAUACAUAUUUUCAACAUCUUGUGCUCACUGGGUCUCUUCAUGUUAAAACAGUACAGCAGGCCUUUCAAACUCCUGGUGCAGUCAGGAGCCACCUCAUCUUCAGGUUGCAUGGUGCUAUGUGUUCUUUACAAUUGACUGAGCCAUGUACCAUAGAACUCUACGGAACCAUAGAGGAAUGUAACCAUUCGGUAACUAGGCAUUGUGUGCAGUCCCUACGGUAUUACAGUAUCAUGUGUAUGUGCAGUCAGUCCGUCAUCAUCAUGACUUCCAUGGUGUUUGCCGUCAGACACAGGCAUUAUGGCCUCAUAGACUUUCACACAGAGGCAUUACAGUGGGGGAAAAAAGUAU